AUGGCUCACCGGGUUUGGGACUACGAACUCAACGUCAUGCUGCGACGCGCGGGUGCAGGAAACGUCGAUUCUCUCCAGCUCUCUGGUUCCGGGAUUACUGGAAAGUCGCUCAUCAACAUCAUUCGUACCAAGGCACUUGCUCCCACCGUCACGGAGAUUUCGGUCGACCAUUGCUGCAACUUGAAAGGCUGCGACAUCCUGGCCUUCCUUCAGGCCAUUUCGCCAUCGCAACCCUCCGCCUCCACCUCCUUGGCACCAGCACCAGCAAUAGUUUAUAAUCGGUAUGGUUAUCAACGUUCUGCAGCACCAGCGUCAGCACCAGCUUCAUCUGUCAUCCAGAGCUUCCGAAUGGACGGUUGUAAAUGCGCCACGGUGGCAGAGGUGGACGCAAUCCGGUCGCACGUGCGACAACUCGACGUGUCGCAGUGCGGGUGCGGUCGCAUAUCCUGUUUGAAGCACUGCGAGCAGCCGCGGUGCCCGGGGCUCUGCUCGCGCUGCACGGACGUGUUCGAUGAUUCCGGCCUCAAGUGCGGAGCCUGCACGCGCCCAAGAAACCCUCGCCAGGCGAUGCGGGUCCAGAUUCAGCGAAUUCACGCCAUUUUAGGCGGUGGCGUGGCGGCACGUACCAGCCGCGCUCGCCGCGCCGUGGAGCCUUCCCGCAUCCGCCUCCGCUAG